AUGUCCGAUAAAGAUCGAUAUAAUAUAUUUCCAUCACGAAUGGCUCAGGCAGUUAUGAAAGGACGUUUGAAAGGUGCUCAAACAGGUCAUAAUUUAUUAAAGAAGAAAGCAGAUGCAUUAGCAAUUCGUUUUCGAUCAAUAUUGAAAAAAAUUAUUGAUACAAAAUUAUUAAUGGGUGAUGUUAUGAAAACAGCAGCUUUUUCAUUAGCUGAAGCUAAAUUUUCAAUGAGUGGAGAUUUCACUCAAGUUGUUAUUCAGAGUGUUAGUAAAGCACAAAUUAAAAUUCGAACGAAACGAGAUAAUGUUGCCGGUGUAGUAUUGCCUUCAUUUGAAUCAUUCAAUGAUGGAGGAGAUACUUUUGAAUUAACUGGUUUGGGUCGAGGUGGUAUGCAAUUACAAAAAUUAAAACGCAAUUAUGGUGAAGCAAUAAAAAUCUUAAUUGAAUUAGCUACACUUCAAACAUCAUUUGUUCUACUUGAUGAUGUUAUUAAAAUAACUAAUCGACGUGUUAAUGCUAUUGAACAUGUUAUUAUACCAAAAAUAAGUCGAACAAUAAACUAUAUUGUAUCAGAACUUGAUGAAAUGGAACGUGAAGAAUUUUAUCGUCUUAAAAAAGUUCAAGAGAAGAAAAAACAAGCACGAGCUCUUCAAGAAAAAAAUCGAGUUAAAUUAAUUGAAAGUGGUGCUCUAACUGGCAAAGAAGAAGAUCCACCAAAUCUUAUAGAUCAAGAACAUGAUGAAGAUGCUCUUUUUUAA